AUACAAUGCUUUUACUGUACGAAUCAGUACUGCUUUAGUUUUUGGAGAAGCAAGAAUAAAUAUUGCUGACUUAUUUUCGAUAUACAUUCUAUAAAGAAAGAAUACGAUUUUUUAUAUUCUUACAAUUAGAAUAUAUAAAGAAAAGUAGAAUGAAGGCUAUCGUGCUUGCUACGUGUUUGUUAAUUACGGUAGUUUAUGCAGCUGAUCCUGAACAAGUGCGAAAAGUUCAUUCAACUUUAGGAGAAUGUGCAAAAACAUUUCCAAAGUGUGGAAAUGACCCAAAGGAUUUCCUUAUGUGUACUGAUGCUUGGAUUUGUACAAUAGAAAAGUUCGAUACAAUUGAUAAAAAUGGUGCACUGAUAGAGAAAAAGGCUAUUGGGUUUUGUAGCACUCUAAUCUCUGAUGCUAAUAACGUGGCUCAAUGCGAGAAGGAAGUCAAUGGGUGCUUUGAGAAAGGAAAUCAAAGUUCGGGAUCCGACAGCGAGAAAACCCGAGUUAAAGUGGAUUGUGUGGUAAAAGCUGGUACACCAAAACUUAUAGAUGAAUAAAUAAAAAAAACCGCAUAAAGAAAGAUUUUUCGAAAGUAUCAGUGCAGUUGAUAAUCAUUAUUAUAUGCCAAUUUAAAAUGUGAAAUAAUUCGGUUUUUAUUAUAUUUCUAUAUUAUGUUUAUAGUUAGCACUUAAAACCAAUAUGUUAACAAUAAAAUGUAGUGCACAACUUA